AUGUCAUUGCCAGAAGUAGAGAAGCACAUGGAAAAAAUCCUUGGUACUCGUUAUGCUGACACCAAUUGGAGGCCUGCUUUCAAGGCCGUGAUGGAUGCAGAAGGGGACUCAGAUGCAGCUGCAAGCACAGUCGAGCAGCUCGCACAAGCUGCUUGCCAAUGGACUGGUCUAAAAAUUCGAAUUCCCACACGCCAACCCCCUCUCACCCAACUC